UGCAUAUCUGUGAAGGGAAUAGAGAAUGAAACACAGUGAAGUGAAAUUAAAUAAAAUACGUACUACGAGUGUUUAUUAAUAUACUAUACUUUGUAUGGGGAUUCCGCAUUGUGAAACAGUUGAUGUGGUCGCCGUUGUUGCUGGCUUUAUAGCAACAGGCUUCCGAUAAUUUAUAAUCAUGAAAUAUAUAUGUUUUGUAACAAUCAAACCAAUUUCAAUCGUUUUUUGUGGUGAUUUUUUGUGAGUGUGCAAAAGUGUUUGUGAAUGACUGAAUAUACAAGUGAUACAGUUAAAGAAAUAAUAUAAAUAACGGCGCAACAAUCCAAUAAAAGCCGCGGGAGUUGUUAUAAUGUCAGAUACAGAAAUAAACGCAGCGACAAAGGGCGAUAAAACAGCAGCAAAAAGAAAAAGGCAACCAGUGGCGGGAAAACUUUAACUUUACUUUAACGUAAAAUUAAGGUGGUCAAAGCCAGCCUAUCCAGUCGAGCCAGAAAUAAAAUAAAAUACAAAAAAUAAUACAAAACAUUCUCGAAACAAGAAAAUACAACCAUCAACGAACCGAAACUCAAAACGAAAAACGAACCAAUUUGUGGGGUUCAAUAUUUAUUUGUAUGCUAAUUUAUUUAAACAAUAAUUUGGUACUAACCUACAAAGCGACAACAACAACAGAGAUAGGGUUAAAGAUAAAGGAGGCGCAACAAAGCCAAUCCCCGCCUCUUCUGCAUUUUCUUUGUAUUGGAAUAUUAAACAGCAAAAACGUACCCAAAUUCCCAGCGAGAACUUCCCAGCCAGAAGGAGCUUGUGCAUCCUGCAUAAGAUUGCCGGAGCCCACCUCACAAAUUCAUAAGUUCACUUUAUGCGGCCUGAUUUGGGCGCUUGCCAAGAGUAAGCGAGCGAACGAUCCCGAAGAGAUGGCACCGCCUAACUGCCUGCUGGCGGUCCUUGCGCUGACGGUUUUCCUAGGGACCAGCAACGGCUUGCCGAUCACGUCGCGGCCCAUCGAGGGUAAUGUACAGCGCAUGGUGUGGGAAGACUGGGUAAACCUGGACCCGGAGCAGCGGAACCUCACUAAGGAAAAGAAGGUGACCGCCAAGUCGAUAUUCACGCUACCCUUCCGACACUGUCCACAGGGUCACACGUUGUACAAUGAGCUUUGCAUCCCGCAGUCCAACAUUGAUGCAACGGAUCUGGUCAAGCAGGAACUUAUCCUAGCCGGUGUCACAAAUGGCAAUCCCCCACCGCCGCCCAUCGCAGACUACGACUAUGGCGAUGACGUGGAGAGUGAAGAGAUCCUGUACGAUCUAUCCGUCAUUCCGACUGCCAUCCAGGAUAGCCCGCCACCCAGCGCUGGGUCCGAGGAUCAAGCGCUACCCAGCGAGGAUGCACCACUGAAAUUCAAUAUAUUCCAGAAGAAAUUCCCCACAGGUUCGGGUGAGCCCGAGGUUCAGGCGCUACCGCAGGACAUGGUGGGUGCCUCAAAUGCCGGCAACAGCAGCACCACAGCGACGUCCACUACCACAGCAGGAACAUCAGCGUCGAACACGACGACACCAGCUACUCCUCCUUAUAAGCCCAACGGGGACUUGCAGGCAGCCCCCAGUAAUACUCUGUCCACAUCGACAACACUUACUAUGCCCAGUAGUAACAGGGAUAUUAGCCAAGUGGAAGCCAUAGUGUUGCCGGCGGGUCAGGCGCAGGCUGGAUUUGUGCAACUGGUGACCAGUCCUCUAACCGACAGCGAUAGCGAAGACUCCUCCACAACGGAGAGUGACUUAAAUGAGGAGGAGAAUUUGGAUCAGCUUCUCAUGGUCGACGCCUUUCUGCCGGCUUACGACGGCAGCACCGAGCUGUUGCCGUCGCUCUUCAGCCAUCGCAAGCUGGCGCCGCCGUUAAGCACAGACCAGGAUGUGAAGGCCAAGCAGGCAGAUGAGGCUGCAGAGGGUGCAUAUGAGGCAGGAACCCAGCAAGACAAGGAGGAGGUUAAGGAGGGGGAGACCACCACCGAUAUGUGGCCGACCGAAGAUGAGGAGUAUACCACAGAGACUGGAAUAACUACAGGCGACACAACGAUUGCGGAAGCGUCAUUUGAUGAUACAUCUUCGGCCACCUCCACCUCCGCCUUCGCCUCCAGCUUCACCUCUGACCAAACAUCACCACAUCCGCCAGAAGAACUUGAGAUAGAUGAACAUGAAAAUCGCCUGGUCUUGAUAAAAACGAAAGUGCAACCGGUUCAGUUAACGACACCAACAUCGGCAACAUCAACAGCAACGGCAACAGCAACAACUGCAGUUGAUGACGCUGAUUCCUCCACUGACCGGUUUCAUUAUCAGCGUUUCGCCGAUGAUGUGUCCGCUAGGAGCACGACAGCAAAACCAGAGCCCAGCACCAGAACGCCCGGCAGCAGCGAACCGAUCGAGGAAGAUUAUAUGCCAUCAAGUGACAAUGACAAUUUAAUGACAAAUACAAUUGGGGGCCACGAGGACGACAGGGAUGAGGGGAGUCAUAAGGCCACCAGUAAAAUUGAUGUCCAACAGGAACUGCGACUCAUCAACGAGCUGGUUAAGGACAAGCGGCGAAAGCAGCAAAAGCAGCAGCAGGUACAGCUUGAUUCAACCAGCACAGAAGGAACAUCCACAUCAACAUCAACUGAAGUAACAAUCACAAAUUGGUCAAAGGAUAUGCCCCAAUUAGGAAAAAGCAUACGUGAAGCAUCAACAACAACAGAGACAGCAGCAACUUCGAGCCAGAGCCAGGCUAACGAGAGCAGCUCGACGGGCAAUACAGCAGCAUCAACGUCACAACAUUUGAGUAUUACUAAUCGUAGCAAUAGAAAUAGUAAAAUAUUUAAAGAAGGCCAGUUGGCUAAAGAGCCAGCAGCAGCAGCAGCGACCGCGGCAACACCGCCCAAUAGCAGUAGCAAUCCGGAUGGCUAUACGCCUUUCUGGUGGCUCCCGAGCAUUGGAUGGCGUCUGGACCGCAAGGCGGAUGCCGCCGGGCAGGAUCAGUCGCUGUUGCUAAGACUCUUCAGCACCUUUCGCGGCAGCGGCACGGUACCAACCACACGCUAACAGCAACAUCAACAGCAGCAGCAGCAGCAGCAGAAGCAGCAGCUCUUGGCUCUCGGCUCUUGCUUGCGAUUAGAGCCACAGGAUGUCGCUUGAUGCCGCGUAGUUAGUGCAACAAUGUGUUGUGUCAGCAACAGCGUUUCAAUUGCGUGUUGAAGUUUGUUCACAGUUGCCCCACAUUCACACUCAUCCCAUGUCUGAGUAAAUAUUUAUUUCCUUUUAAUGUUUUAUUCAAACGCCCAAUUGUACAUAGAAUAUCCGAAAUACGCACUACUUAGCAACCAAUUUAGUCGUUUUUUCAUUGGCCUUAAAUCAAACCUUUUUUUUUGUGUUAUUUGAACCGCUUUCUGUUUUAAGUUGUUGAUUUAAUUUUAGGGAGACUUUUUUUAUUACAAUAGUUUUAUAUGUGCGUGCUGCUGCCGUUGUUGCGAUCCUUAGCAAUAUUUACUUGUGAUUACCUAGGCUUAUGAAUUCAAUGUUAGACCUAGGUAGAUGUAUUUGUAUACGCCGAGUCUUUCGAUACAUUUUUUAAACUAUUAUUAUCACAACUGUUACCCAAAAUAUAUGUACGAACCCGGAGCAUUUGUCGUAGCUGUCUCUAUGUAUAUACUCUAGGGCAGAAGUCAUUCAAAUCGAAGCAUUUUAAACACAACCACUGAAGCAACACAUUAUCUAUGCCUAGUAUUAAGCCUAGUAAUUAUGCUAACCACUGUAAACACAAAUCAAAACAAAGCCCAAAAUAUAGUAUAAUGCAUGUAUAUAGUUAUAAAGCUUGUUUCGAUCCCUUAGCUCAAACGUAACGAAACGAAUCAGGCAACCAUCACGUUUUUGUCAAUUGUAACUCAACCUACAGCCAAAGUUAUGAAGAAAAACAUUUGCGAAAACGCAAAAAUGCAA